AUGGCAUCAAGUCAUCCUGUGAUAACGUCGUAUUUCGGUGCAUCACAGGUGGCGUCAUGGUUGAGUACGGUUUUCCUUAUCACAAGCACCGCUUUCCAGCCCCUGUUCGGACGCCUCUCAGACACAAUUGGCAGGAAAUCAAUCUUUUUGCUUUCUUUCGCUAUCUUCGGCUUGACAACCCUCUGGUGCGCUCUUGCUAACAGCAUCGAGAGCUUUAUCGCGGCGAGAGCUGCAUGUGGGCUAGGUGCUGGCGGCACCAUGUCCAUGAGCCUGAUAAUCGUCUCUGAUCUUGUCCGGAUUGAAGAUCGAGGUGUGUUCCAGUCUCACAUUAAUGUUUCUUUUGGCCUCGGUUCGGCCUCUGGAGCUGCCCUUGGUGGCUGGCUGUGUGACGCCUUCGGCUGGAGGUGGGCCUUCGGAGUUCAGGUUCCCUUCAUUGCUGCCUGCUUCGUCAUGGCUCUUAUCUUCACACCUCCGAAUUUGGGACCUAUGCUGAUCAACAAAGACGAAGGUGGUGCAUGGAUCGCCCUCAAAAACUUUGACUCGCUUGGAUCGGUCUUUCUCAUCACCACAGUCACGACCCUGAUACUUGCACUGAAUCUUGGAGGCAACAUAUAUCCAUGGGUAUCGCUUCCAGUCAUAUCGUGUGCUAUAGCCUUCGUUGUUGCUGCAUGCAUAUUCGCGACCAUUGAGUCCAAGGUUAGGCAUCCUUUGAUGCCUUUUCGGCUACUCAGUAAGCCCCCGAUCGCCAACAUGGUCUUUGCCAACAUGUUGGGCGGAAUUGCUUCUAACACCGUUCUGUUCAACAUUCCGCUCUUUUUCCAAGCGGUUCUGCUCACAAGCGCCGCAAGCUCUGGCUUUCGCCUGGCAAUCCCCAGUCUUCUUGGGUCGUUCGCAGGUAUCUCCACUGGGUAUAUCAUAACCUACACCAGGCGGUUAAAACCAACAUUGGUCUUUGGCGCUAUCGUCUACAUUAUUGGGUCCAUCGCAGUGGCUUGCAUCAACAAAAACACCUCCGAACUAGUCAUCUUGAUACUGAUCACAGGCGUACCGCUCGGUCAAGGAUUUGUAUUUCCCAACACCAUGAUGAGUGCGCUUGCAGUCUCUGAUCAGGCUGACCAAGCAGUGGUGACGACAACCAUCGGGCUGUGGAGGAACUUAGGGACUGUGCUGGGAGUUGCAAUAUCCAGCUUGGUGUUCCAAAAUUGCCUUACGACAAGCUUGAGAAAGAAUGUCUCAGGCCCAAACUCUGAUUCAGUUAUCCGUGCAGUCCGAUCAUCCGUGGAGAGCAUAAAGACCCUCGAGCCCAAAACUCAAGGACAAGGUGAGGAUGCGCAAUAA